GAAUUUUUCUCGAGAGAUGGAAUUUUUCAUCUAGAGCCUCUACAGGCCUUCAGGUAGUUAACUCACAGUCAGUUCCCAAAAUUCCAGACCGACCGCACCUCUCACGAACUUCCAAGUGUCCGGGAGCUUCCUCAUUGCAGCGACAGUAAAGAACACGUUAUUACGACUCAAUGUGGCCUCUCCGUCCAAAUUAUCAGAAAUAGAAAUCAGUCGCGUUUCCGAUGACAGGGUUCACAAUCUCUUUUUGGAUCCCAUGGGUUGGCAUACAAUUAUCAGCAUGCAAUCCGGGGUGAACUUCUACACUAAUCGUGGGAUGAAAAAAGUGCGGCCGAUCAUCAAAUCCAAGGAACUGUUGUUCGAUUCUGUAGCCUGGAACCAGCACAACUCAAACGAGUCAUCUACACAAGAAAUUCUUAUCGGAACUAACGACGGUCUGAUUUUUGAAACAAUUUUAACCAGUGAUGAAGGUCGAUUUAUUACAAACACCACGGAGCAAUACUGGCGACAGGUAGCUAACCUUGGACACAGUGUGACGGGUUUGGAGGUUGUCCGUCAUCCCCCGGGAUCCGCUUGCGUUUUGGUUGGAGAGCCUCAGCGGUGUGUGAUUCUCGCCACAACACCAAGCCGCCUAUAUCAGUUUGCUGGGUGGAUCAAUACCAGCUCUACAACCACCCUACUAUCUCAGCUCGCUUCUGGAAGUCCUCCCUCAUCUACGGGCACGCAUCUGUCUGCCAACUUGGGUUUGCCGGCUAUGAACGAUUAUCCCCAAACUUCUGGUGUUUCUGCGACACCUACAUUAUUUCCGAACUAUGCACCAGGAUUGUAUUAUAAUGUGUUCAAUCCGGAGGAGAAAUUGCCCGCAGGUUCCAAAGUCACUGAAUUCCCCCAUAGCUUUGGCUACAGCGAUUUGAAACUGUACAAAUUUCCUGGCGAUGAGCUUCCAAGUCGGUUUGCCUGGAUGACCGGUCCGGGAAUCUAUUUCGGUCAUUUGAAAACAGAACAACUAAAUUUACCCCCCUUUUCGAUGCCGCCGUCGGAGGUCGGGGCAGCUGACUCUUCGCUGUCUGCUGUGGACGACCCUACUGAUCGUUCGUCGAACCGUGUUACAAUGAAUGGCCAGAAUACUACACAACCUCGCGAUGUGUUUGCUGGUAGGGUUGUCAACUUGUUUCGAAAGACGAAACUCCUACCUUAUCCGGUGAUCCGAAUGCUAGAGCACACUGGAGUGCCUCUGGGAAUCUGUCUUACUGCCUUUCAUGUCAUUGUUGCUUAUGCCGAUCGGGUAAAGGCAGUCAAUAUCCUGGAUGACCAAACUGUUUUCUCUAUGCCAAUCACGCCCGAAUUGAACGGAGGACGCGCGCUGGGUGUUUGCAGAGAUCCCUCUUCCAGCAUUGUGUGGUUUUUCAGUAAUCAGGGUGUAGCCCUUCUGAAUAUACGGAACGAAACAUGCAGGGUCUGGCAAAUCUACUUAGAUCGAAUGUUGUUCGAUGAAGCUCGGAAAUUUUGUCAGACAGAAUCGCAGUUGGACACGGUGAACAUGAGGGAAGCCGAACAUUGUUUCAGUCAUGGGGACUUCAUGAACUCCGCAAAACUCUUUGCCCGUACGUCUGUUCCUUUCGAGGAGGUAGCAUUGCGUUUUAGUCAGCUGUCCUUGAUGCAACAACAAGCUUGCCGUGCCAGCUCACCCCCGGUUCUUCAAGGUUUAGCCGUGAAAGAUGAUCUCGAUGUCAUGGAUGCCAUUAUUCACGGGUCCGAUGAGGCGAAAAAAUCCUCCAAGCUGCCACUUCUAAAUGGCAGUAAAUCCGUGACCGAACUCACCAUCUCUGCUUCGGCACCAUUGAAAACACUUGUUUCAACGAAAUUACAGCAAUUGAUCGAACAGAAGUCAGUGCCAUUAACAGGCAAUGCCGGCAUUCCAUCGGCGAAGCAAUCUGCACCCACCAAACACACUUCCAUAUCGGGGCAAAUUACUCUCCUUUCUCUGUGGUUAGCUGAACUCCUGAUUACGGAGAUCAGCUUCUUUCGUGAUCGCCUGGAAAAGCAUGAUUCCUCACAGGAUGGCUCACGUUUGGAGACGGCUUCUGAAGAAUUCCGGCGUUUGUUGGCCACUCCCGAAGUUCUGGCUAUUCUACCAGAUGCCAAAGAUCUACUGUACGAUCUUAUCGAAAGCCAUGGAGGUGAUGCAGAAAUUGUGUUUCUGGCAGAACUUUUGGGCGACCACCCACGCCUGGUUACUCACUACAUGCGUUUGGGCAUGCACAAGGACGCGCUACGAACACUUGGUGCUAGCUCAAGGUGCAUAUCCCUGGUUUACGAAUACUCGACGACCUUAGCACUUAGCUGUCCAGAGGAUGUUGUUACCGUGUGGUUACGAUUGGGUAAACUUCUUGAUCCAGUCAAACUGCUACCAGCUAUCAUGUUGCUACCAUCCAAGCAUGCGAUGCGGUAUCUUCAGACUGCAGUCGAACGGUACGCCUGUACCGAUCAAGCUGUUCAUCAUCUGCUCAUCUCUUUGUGUGCGGAAGCAUCAUCUCCCUUGUCCAAUCAAGCGCCAGAAUCUGCCGAUUCAAAAGACUACCUAAUGUCAUAUUUGGAAUCCGCUAGCGCUCAUGCCUUGAACAUGGUCGAUGCUGCUGGUCAUUCUCAGUUCAGUUUGCAAGAGCUGAUGUCCACCACAUUGUCCUCCGAAGCAUCUGACGAGCCGAAUUCGCUGCUUAUGGGUUUCGACACUUCCUUCAUGCAAUCUUCUCUCCCCUAUGAUCCUGGCUUCGUACUUCGCACUUGCAAAGAGACCGGUCACCUGCAGGGGACAGUGUUCAUUCUCAAAUUACUGGGUAUGCAUCAACAAGCCCUUCAAACUGCGAUUGACUCGGAGGCCACCAGUCUGCUGCGUGAAUGUCCUUUGCUGAAGUUGGAAGAUUUACUCCCCUACUUCCAUGAUUUCGUCACGAUAGAUCAGUUCAAAGAUGCUAUUUGUGCCUCAUUGGACUCUUAUCACCAAAGAAUUGGUGAGGUGAAGCGAGAAAUGCAUGUGACAAUGCGGAGCACCAAUGUACUACGAAAGCAACUAGACACUCUGCGGUACCGUUAUGAGGAACUCGAUGUGGCAAACCGAUGUGUACAUUGCAAGCAUAUAUUGCUUUUACGUGCGUUUUACGUAUUCCCUUGUGGACACCAGUUUCACAUGAACUGUCUUAUACAAUUGAUUCAACCGCUCCUCACAGCUGAAGAGAAAACAGAGUUGAACGACCUGCUUAAGAUGCAGCAACAGGGUGUGUGUGCUUCAUCGGUUGACCUGCAAAACAAACUGGAUCACCUCAUCGCGUCAGACUGCGUUAGUUGUGGGCAGCCAGCCAUAGACGGAGUUUCUAGGUUGUUCUUCCCUGACCAGACCAGCUAUGAGACGGAGGUAGCUGUAUGGCAGUGAAUCACCAUUUCUAAUUCAUUUGUCUCCAAUAACUUUUACUUUUCACUUUGUAUUUUCCAUCAGCUGAUUCUAAAAUAAAAUCAAUCACGCUGUUUCUCGAUGCAGACA